UUGCAGCACACCGGAAAGGCGGGGCAUCAAGCACAUCUAAUUCCGGAGCAUGGCUGCAUUCUCGGGGAGCUGCACUUCUGCACACCUUUGAGCAGCAGUAUGAUGCAGGCAGGAGUCUGUCUGAGACAGGACACUGAGACAACACUACCAGAGCUCACUGAGCGGCACAGGAUCAGACUGAAAGAAGAGGAACUCAGUGGACUGGAGGCUGUCCACAUGGCAGAGUCAGAGACUGAGUGUACUACACCAGGACUCAACACACUGGAGCCAGAGUGUGUUACAGCACACAGCAGGGUCAGUGAUGUGCACCUGCACACAUCAGUGAUAAAAACAGAAACUGAUCUGGGCUCCACCCACACUGGGGAUCUUAUUAAGACAGAGAGCCAUGACAGUACAGAGCUUGGAUAUGAAACCCAUCUGCAUCCUGACCACAUCAAAACAGAGACUGAUGAUGGAGGAUACCUUAAGGCAGAACAGAUCAGUGACUUGCAGGAUUUUGAUAUGAAAUCUGAUAAAAUUAAGUGUGAAUCCAGUGAAAGUUUAGUGAGUGAUCUCAUGAACACUGUGAUGGAUGGAGCUGGUGUUGAUCUGAAAGAUCAGGUUGAACCAUGGCAAUGUGCAGGAGAGACAAUUUCAAACUGUAAAAAAGAAGAAACCCAUUAUCUGCCAACCCAGUGUCCUGACUUAAAUCAUCACUGUGAUAAAAACAAUGAAAAUCCUUUUGAAAACCCAAUCCUUUUGAAUUUCUCUCAAAACAAGAUCAUUAAUAGAAAUACAGGUGAAAAUCAUACAGUUGAAAAGCCACACAAGUGUACACAAUGUAAGAAAUGUUUUAUGAAAAAAUCAGGUUUAAUGGCUCACCUGCCCUACAAAUGUAUUCAAUGUGAGAAGUGUUUUAAUACAAAAUAUAAUUUGCAAAGCCACCUGACCAUUCACGCAGGUGAAAAGUGUAGUGUGUGUGAAAAGUGUUUUAAAACGAAAUAUGAAUUAAAUAAACACAUGAGAAUUCAUACAGGUGAAAAGCCAUACAGGUGUACUCUGUGUGAGAAGUGUUUUUUCAGAAAAUCUCAGUUAAAUAUCCAUCUGAGAAUUCAUACAGUUGAAAAGUCACACAAGUGUACACAAUGUGAUAAAUGUUUCACGCAAAAGUCCAAGUUAGUAGGUCACCUGAGAAUUCAUACGGGUGAAAAGCCCUACAAAUGUAUUCAAUGUGGGAAGUGCUUUUGCCAUAUAUCUCACUUAAGAAGCCACCAGAGAAUUCAUUCUGGUGAAAAACCCAACAAGUGUAGAGAGUGUGAGAAAUGUUUUAAAACUAAGUCUGAUUUAAAUACACACCAUAGAAUUCAUACAGGUAAAAAGCCCUACACAUGUUCUCAGUGUGAGAAAUGUUUUUACACAAAAUCCAACUUAAAAACCCACCAGAGAAUUCAUACAGGUGAAAAACCCUACAAAUGCAUUCAUUGUGGGAUAUGCUUUUCCCAUAAAUCUAAUUUAAACAGCCACCAAAUAAUUCAUACGGAUGAAAAGCCGCACAAUUGUACACAGUGUGAGAAGUGUUUUAAAACAAAAUCUGAUCUAAAUAGACACCUGAGAUUUCAUACAGGUAAAAAGUCCUACGAGUGUACACAGUGUGAGAAGAGUUAUAAAACUAAAUAUAAUUUAAAUACACACCAGCAAAUUCAUACAGGUAAAAAGCCCUACACAUGUUCUCAGUGUGAGAAAUGUUUUUACACAAAAUCCAACUUAAAAACCCACCAGAGAAUUCAUACAGGUGAAAAGCCCUACAAAUGUAUUCAUUGUGGGGUAUGCUUUUCCCGUAAAGAUGGUUUAAAGAGCCACCAGAGAAUUCAUACAGGUGAAAAAUAAAACAAAUGUGUUCACUGUGUGAAGUGCUUUUCCCACGUCAUUUAACUAGCCACAUGAGAAAUCAUUGGGGUGAAAAGCCUUGACAUGUUCUCGGUGUGGGAAGUGUUUUUCCUAAAUAAGUGCCUUACAUUUCCACUAGAUUCUUUCUACCAAUGGAAAAAACUGCACGUGUGCAACAUGGAUGCAUUUUAUAGAAAGAAAAUAUUUUUGUAACUUCACACCAGUGCCCACACGGAUGAAAAAAGCGACACAUUUUAAGUGUUCUUCUCCCAAAUAAGUGAAAAUCCCAAUUGAAGAUCAGUACUCAUUUUCAUGACCAAAAAACAUCUCCUGCUGAUGGACAUACUGACAGAUUUCCUCAUUGGGAAGUGUUGAGUGAAAGCGUCCUUUACAUUAUAUAAUUUCUGUAGGAAGUAUUCUUCAAAAGAUUUCCAGAAUGGCCUCACAAAUAAAAUAAAAACAUCCUUUUCAAAAUGUAUAUUUGGUAGAUGUGUGGUUAGAGUUAAAUGAGUAAAAGGUGCAUUUUAAAGUUAUCCUUUUGAUAUACCUUGCCUUGACAGAUGCAUGACAAUGACUGGGACACACUGAAAUCCCAUUUUCCUUUAUUUUAUCUUUUUAAAGCAAGCAAUGUGACUGUUGUGUUCUUAAUGUACUUUUGAUUCCUUGUAAAUGUAAUUCAUUGUUGAUUGGCUGAUAGGUUGUGAUUAUGAAAUUGACUUGUGUGAAAACUGGACAUGCUGUAGAAUUAAACUCUGUAUUCUGGUAAUGAACUUGACAGUUCUGGCCUUUUCAGUUAUUUUAUUGCCAAUUUAGAGGCUGUACUUUGCAUGUCAGCUAAAAUAUGUAAA